CCGGAAGUGACGCAGCGCUAUGGCGGAGGCGGCGGGCGCACCGGAGGAGUGCCCCGGGACCGGCAGCGCCCAGGCGGGCAGGGCGGCCGCCUGCCAGGGAUGCCCCAACCAGGGGCUGUGCGCGGCCGGCGCGGCCGGGCCGGACCCGGCGGAGGCGGCGGAGCUGCGGGCGCGGCUCCGGGCCGUGCGGCACACGGUGCUGGUGCUGUCCGGCAAGGGCGGCGUGGGCAAGAGCACCUUCAGCGCCCUGCUGGCGCACGGGCUGGCGGCGGACGAGAACAAGCAGGUCGCUCUGCUGGACAUAGAUAUCUGUGGGCCGUCGAUUCCUAAAAUAAUGGGUCUAGAAGGAGAACAGGUUCAUCAGAGUGGAUCUGGAUGGUCUCCAGUGUAUGUUGAAGAAAACCUAGGUGUCAUGUCGGUGGGGUUCUUGCUUAGUAGUCCUGAUGAUGCUGUCAUCUGGAGAGGACCAAAAAAGAAUGGGCUGAUCAAGCAGUUUCUGCGUGAUGUGGACUGGGGUGAAGUGGAUUACCUGAUCGUGGACACGCCCCCGGGAACAUCAGAUGAGCACCUGUCCAUCGUGCAGUACCUCAGUGCCACCCACAUCGACGGCGCCGUCAUCGUCACCACGCCCCAGGAGGUGUCACUUCAGGACGUUCGGAAGGAGAUCAGCUUCUGCCGCAAGGUGAAGCUGCCCAUCAUAGGCGUGGUGGAGAACAUGAGCGGCUUUGUGUGUCCCAAGUGUAAGAAUGAAUCUCAGAUCUUUCCCCCAACUACUGGUGGUGCGGAGAAGAUGUGCCAGAACUUGAAUGUUUCCCUCCUGGGUAAAGUGCCUCUGGAUCCACAGAUAGGAAAAAGUUGUGACAGAGGCCAGUCUUUCUUGGCUGAAGCACCCGAGUCUCCAGCUACGUUAUCUUACAGGAAUAUCAUUCAAAGGAUUCAGGAAUACUGUGAACAACAGCAUUUGGAAGAAGAAAAGAUAAUGUAAUCUGGAAAUGGAACAAAAAUGUAGUUCGUCUUUAAUUAUAGAAAAGUAACUUAUGCCUUGAUUUAUUAAAGGAAUGUAUUCUUUUUGUAUAUUGCAAAUAAAUUCUUAAUAUAAAGGCCUUUUGUUUUUUCCAAAAGUUCAA